UGUCAUACUUACAAAACUUUUCUCUACCUAAAUUAUUUAUUUUUUCUGUUUAGCCAGAAUCAAAUUGGGUUCUUAAGUGACAUGGGUUUUUGGGAGGACGACAAUACUUGGUGUUGGCAUCUUAUCUGGAGCUGCUGAGAGCUGAAUCAUUUGAAAAGCUCCCUCACUUAAUUCAUAGUCAUCAAUAAAGAUAUAUGGAAGCUUUCUAAUUCAGGUUUCUUCAUGGUUAGAUUUUUUCUUUUUGGGUACUUUUAUGUCUGAUGUCUCUCUCUUUUCUUUUUUCAGUAUUUGGCUUAAUUUAGUCACACCUAAGUGGUAAUGUUUAUGUUUAUUUCAGAGAACAGAACCACUAUUGAAAAGUUUCUUUUCCAUUUUUCUUUCUUUUUUUUUCCCCUUCAUUUUCUUCCUUCCUCUUCUUUUCAAUUUGUAUACUGCUACUGGACAGAGCAGGUGGAAGCAGGAACAAAAAUUGCAAUUUUUAAGUUCAAUUUGUGAUUAUUAUAAGAACAACUUUGAAGUCAUACUAAUAUAAUUUGGAUAACUAAAAUAUGUAGUUGUUGAAGUCAACAACACAUUUGCAAUUAUUAAAUGCAAAUUGAUAUUUAUUUAAAAAUGAAUUAUUCAACAUGUUCUGCAUUCAGCUCUCUCUUUUGCAUACAUAAUGAUCCAUCUCAAAUACAAAAUAAACCUUAGAUCUCUGCCUGUGUCUUUUAAUCAGACAGACAUGGCAAGAGGCCAUGGAAGUUCUGCUAAAUCAUAUGCUUGCCUGUAAAUGACAAUUUGAAACACCCAUAGUAAGAGCAGAGGAAUGGCAGAAGCUGCAGUGGGUUGGGCAAUUAAUAAGUUGGAUACAUUGUUAACCGGAGAGGUGAAACUGCUCAGAAAUGUCCAUACGGAGCUUCAAGGACUCAGAGAUGAACUUGAGGCAAUUGAAUCAUUCCUGAGAGAUGCAGAUGUGAGGUUUUAUCAAGAGAAUUCGGAUAGCCGUAUUAAAACAUGGGUAAAACAAGUUAGACAGGUUGCUUUUGAAAUAGAAGAUGCCAUUGAUGUAUACAUGCUUCAUCUUGUACGACACCAAGAUCAGCAUGGCUUUUUUCAUAAAAUCAGUCGACUUGUCAGAAAGUUAAAGCCACGUCAUGAGAUAGCCUCAAAGAUUCAAGACCUCAAGAAAUCAGUUUGUGAAAUAAGGGAAAGAAGUGAUAGAUACAAGUUCAAUUUAUCAUCAGAGCAAGGAAGCAGUGACAGGGAUAACACAUGGCAUGACCCUAGAGUUCAUUCCCUUUUCAUUGACGAAGCUGAACUUGUUGGUAUUGAAUCUCCUAAAGCUGAAUUGAUAAGCAAAUUAGUAGAGGGAGCUUCUGAAAAUGUUGUCAUCUCUGUGGUGGGCAUGGGAGGAUUAGGCAAAACCACUCUUGCCAAGAAAGUAUUUGACUCUGAAAGAGUAACUGUAUAUUUUGAUUGCAAGGCGUGGAUCACGGUGACUCAAUCCUACAAGAUGGCAAAGCUACUAAGGAUUAUGAUACGGCAACUACAUCAAGAAAAUGUGCUACCUACAUUUGAAGGAACUGACACGAUGAGCGAGUUGUCGCUGAUUGAGAAAUUGAGAGAAUAUUUAAUAGAGAAAAGGUAUUUGGUGAUCUUUGAUGAUGUUUGGGAUAUUUUUUUAUGGGGGUAUAUAAUGACUGCAUUACCUAAUAAUGGCAAAGGUAAUAGAAUUAUCAUUACAACUCGUAAUGAAGGUGUUGCCCCUUCUCCGAACGAGUCUCCAUUUUAUUAUGUCUUCAAACUUCAACUUCUACCUAAAAGAGAAGCCUAUGAGCUCUUCUGCAAGAAGGUAUUUCAGUCAAAUGGUGGAAAUUGUCCAUCACAGUUGCAAGAGUUAUCUCAUGCCAUUGUAGAAAAGUGUGAAGGUUUGCCCCUUGCCAUCGUGACAAUAGGUGGUGUAUUGGCAACUAAAGAGAAGUUGGUUACAGAGUGGAAAAAAUUCUAUGAUGACCUCACUUCAUCCUUGGCAAGUGAUCAACGUCUCUCAAAUAUCAUAAAAAUCUUAUCACUAAGUUAUCAGGAUCUGCCUUACUAUCUUAAAUCUUGUUUUUUAUAUUUCAACCUAUUUCCAGAGAAUUGCUCCAUUAAUUGUUGGAGAUUAAUUCGAUUGUGGAUAGCUGAUGGCUUAAUAAAAGAAAGACAAGGCAGAAUAGUGGAAGAAGUAGCCGAAGAAUACUUAAUUGAACUUGUUCAUAGAAGGUUGGUUCAAGUAGAAAGGGUUAGUUUUGACAGUAAGGCCAGAGAAUGUAGGGUCCAUGAUUUGAUGCGGGAGAUAAUUCUUUUCCAGUCGAGAGAGUUAAGCUUUCAUCAAGUUUCAAGUAAGGAUUAUCAGAAUUUGAAGGGAAGAAGUCGACACCUUUCAAUCAAUGACAAAGUGAAGAAUAUUUUAGAGAGCAAUUGUAAUUCUCAAACUCAUUCUAUUAUUCUUUUUGAGUCAAAUGAAUUGCCAAAAUCUUUUAUUACUUCAGUCAUAGAUGAUUUCAAGCUUUUAAGAUCAUUGGAUCUUGAAGGAGCUCCUCUAGACUACAUUCCUGAUGAAGUUGGAAAUUUAUGGCAUUUGAAAUAUUUAUGCCUAAAAGAUACCAAUGUAAAAGUGCUACCAAAGUCCAUUGGUAAAUUAUGCAACCUGGAGACUUUAGAUUUGAGACAGUCCCUUGUGUUGGAUCUCCCAAUUGAGAUCAAUAGGCUCCUUAAGUUGCGACACCUUUUAGCCUACUUUUUCAAUUAUGAUAAUGAGUUUUAUAUUAAUUCAUUACGUGCGGUGAAGAUGCAUGGAAAUAUUGGAAGUCUAAAGGCCUUACAAAAGCUGAGUUACAUUGAAGCAGACCAUGGCGUGGACCUAAUUAGACAAAUUGAAAGGUUGACACAGUUGCGAAAGCUAGGGAUCACAAAAUUGAAAAAAGAAAAUGGAUUGGAUUUGUGCUAUGCCUUGGAGAAGAUGUCUUGCCUUCAAACAUUGAAAGUUUCUUCAGGAAGUGUGGAGGAAUUUCUAGACUUGAGAUCAAUAUCAGGUCCUCCUCUGCUUCAAUAUUUGUACCUAAGUGGACCAUUAGUAGAGCUCCCACCUUGGAUUUCGAAACUAUCAUGUUUGGUUAAACUUGUAUUCAAUUGGUCGAGAUUAGGGAAUGAUGCUAUACAGGUCCUACAAGCUUUACCUAAUCUACAAAUGUUAAGAUUUUAUGAGGGAUGCAAUGCAAAGCAACUGCAUUUUACGAAAGGAUGCUUUUCCAAUCUUAAGAUGUUGCAUCUUCUGCACUUGACUCGAUUGAAUAAACUGAUAAUAGAUGAAGGUGGAUUGCCUGUAAUUGAAGAGCUAAGUAUUGGGCCUUGCCCAAAGUUGAAAGAGUUGCCAUCCGGCAUCCAUUAUCUAAGAAAUCUCAAGAGGCUAGAAUUUUAUGACAUACAAAGAGAAUUUGCAAUUGGAAUGCAACCACUUGGAGGUCAUGAAUAUUGGAAAGUGCAGAACAUACCACUCAUCCUUUUCUACUACAAGUUCAAAGGAUACACAUUCAAUCAAUACAAGCUUGGCAAUAUAAACUUGCUUAAGCGCUUGAUGGAAGUCUCGGAAUGAGAUCCUUUUUAGGAAACAAAUGAUUGUUUAUUAUAUAGCUCCAUUGCUUCUGCUGAUGCUUCAUUUGGCUCUACUGUUGUUAUGGCCUUCUAUCUUUUGUGAUGUUUGUAGUUGUUGUUGGAAUUCCGGCGUGCCGAGGAGGGCUGGACUCAGAGACAUCUUCCAUAUCUUCCACAUUUGCAAAAUGGCCUUGAGUUGAUGUUGUAGCCUACAUCACCAACUUAUAAGCCAUUCAAUUCUUGUUCUUCUUUUUUCAUGUGAUAUUCUUGUCUUUCUUUCUUUCUUUAUAUCAUUUCUCUUUUUCAGUUUUUCCAUUCUCCAAGAAUUGUGGACAAGUUUGUUUGUUUGCCCUUCUCAAUUCAUGUUGUUGUUAUACCUACACACACAUAUAUAUGUAUGUCAUUUGUGAUGGCAAGCUGCAAUUCAACCUUAUGCUUUAUUUGUUA